AUGGAGCCUCUUCAUGACCAAGGUCGUUUCCACAUUCCGCUCGGCAUCUAUGCGAUCGGCGACCCGGAGCCAAUCGACCGCAUUCUGGACCUCGAUCUGGGCAAGCAACCGCUCCUCACUCCCCUAGGUCGGAUCCAACCUCCGUACAGUGGCAUUGACAUUGUCUCGAUUCUCAACUUGACUGUCACGGUGCGGAAGGAGCUCGUCUGCCCAAGCUGCUUCGAAGAACGCCUGAAAAGUGGCCCAUUGCGAUGUUCUUGCACACUACGCAAGCGAUUCCUGGACCGUUGGCUAUGCGUAGGUUGUUAUAUCGACGAGCACAACGCAGACAAGGACAUUGCAAGCCACAAGAUGAUUCACAGUGGCGGGGGAGGCAGUCACAGUCACCAAUGUGGCUGUGGGGCAAGCUUCGAGGCGGGCAUGCAGCCAAGAAUUGUGUGCAACUGGUGCACGGGAGAAGUGACUGGUGAUUGGGAUGACAUGGAUGAGGAAAUGCAAGAAGAGGCCGAAAAGACCGAAGACACCGAAGACGACGAUGGACCCGACGAAGAGCAUUCAAUUGCCGAUUUUGCCGACCAGGAACCAGGUGAACAUGGCUAUGCCAAGAACCGUGAUGGAUCUUUAUCGGUCUACGUAGACGGCAGCCGUAUUCGCGGGGAGCGCCUGAGCCGGGCCAUCAUUCAUGGAUGGAGGAUAGAGGAAGGUAUGUCGGUGGAUUGCAUCUGCUGUUUGUGUGAAGAUGGCGACAAGGACGGCAGCCGCAGCAGCAGCAGCAGCAACAAAGGCAAGGUGGGCGAAGACGACGAAGAGGGCGAAGAGUGGGAAACUGAAGAGGAUGAUGAUAAUGAGUAUGAGGAGGACAGGGACGAGGAUACGGACAUGGACAGCACCUCGAGCGAAUGA